AUGAAUCUUGAUUCAUCUUGUGGGGGUAGUUGUAUGGAGAGGCCGUAUAAUGAAAUCCAGCUCCUGCUAAAUAAUUUUACUGCUAAUUAUCAUAAUUGGAAAGGAUAUGGGGAAUCACAAAUAGCAAUUAAACAGAAAGCAGCUGAUGUAAUUGAGUUUGAUGACUUCUCAACCAUGAGAGCAGAUAUAGCAAAAUUGAUGUCUACUUACUACGAAUUAUGUGGUGACAGUCACAUGAGUGACAUGUGCCCCAUGAAUCCUGAAUCUAUCUACUAUGUGGGGCAACAGAGUAGAGGUCUGAUGAACCAGCAUGCACAAUAUAGGAACACUUACAAUCCAAAUUGGAAGAAUCAUCCUAACUUUUCAUGGGGUGGAAAUCAGCCGACUCAGAAUCAUUAUAGGCCCCAAGGAAAUUUUAAUCAAUCUCAGAAACCACCCCAGCAAGUAGAGGAGAGCACAAAUGACUUGCUAAAGAAGCUGCUGCUUGACAACCAACAACUCUGGACCGAUUUCAGAAAUCUCGAGAGACAAAUGGGGCAGUUAGCGUCAAAUCAAAAUACUAGACAUGUAGGCGCUCUUCCCAGUGAUAGAGAGAAGAACCCUCAAGUUAAUGCAGUUACACUCAGAAACGGGAUGGAAUUAGAAGAAGUGCCAAAGAAGAGAAAGGACAAGACUAUACCUGAGGGGGAGUUGAUUCCUAAGGCAACACAUAAGUCAAAGAAAGAUGAUGUAAGUUCAGAGCCAUUGAAUGCUGCAAGGCCACCACCACCUUUCCCCCAAAGAUUGCAGAAGAAGAAUGAUGAUCGCAUGUUCAACAAAUUUCUCUCUAUGCUGAGCCAUGUUCAAUUGAAUAUGCCAUUGGUAGAUGUACUUUGCGAAAUUCCAAACUUCACCAUCCCUAUGCAAAUUGGUAAUAUCGAUGUGGGUCAUGCUCUUUGUGAUUUGGGGGCGAGCAUAAAUCUGAUGCCCUUGUCCUUGUUCAAACAAUUGGGUCUGGGAGCUCCAAGACCAACCAUUGUGAUAUUGCAACUAGCUGAUAGGUCCAUAGCCUACCCUGAAGGAGUGAUUGAAGAUGUGUUACUGCAAAUUGGAAAAUUCAUCUUCCCAGUAGAUUUCAUUAUCCUAGAUUAUGAAGUUGAUGAACAAGUUCCAAUCAUAUUGGGAUGA